GGGCUUUGCGUUGCGUUGCGUACCCUGCCAUCCGCGUCCCUAUCCACCCGUCCCGUCCCUCCUGCCUCUGCCUUGCCUUCUCCCCCGCCGCACCGUCGUCUUCCUCCCCCCUCCUCCCCUCCCCCUACCUCCCCCUUUCCGCAAGAGCCGGGUUCUUGUUGGUGAAAUCUUCAAGGAACAGGGACUUGGGAGCCAAGGAAGAGGCAGAGAAAGAAAUCUGGGCGAUACGGUUUUCCUUUGAUUCCUAACCGGCCCGAUUCGUUCUAGCUCGACCUGUUUCUUUGAUUGAUUUGAUUUUUUGCCUCGGGGGAAUUUCGCUUUCACGAUUGGCGGAUCCCGGGGGGGCAUCCGAUUCGCGAUCGGGUUGUGUGGGAUUAGAUUCUCGGUGCAACGUAAUUUGAUAAGAACGGGAGGUAAUCAAGAAGGCAUCGGUUCUUGUUGCUGUUGCUGCUGCUGCUGCUGCUGUGUACCAUCGGAGUCGCGAUCGGGGGCAGCCCGAUCCCGGCGGCGGCGGCGAUGUCCGACGGGCUAGAUCGGUGGCGCGACUUCUUCCGGGGCGCCGGCGUCGGCAUCUGCGAGGUGAUCGAGAAGGCCAUCCUCGUCGCCGCGGCCGACCAGCCGGAGGAGUUCCUGCGCCGCCGCGACCGCAUAGCUGAGAGGCUCUUCAACGCGGUCCUCGCGACGCGGCCCUCCAGCCACGGCUGCACCGGCAGCACCCUCUCCGUGCUCCCCGCGACCCCCGCCGUCGUGGAGGACAAGGGCAGCGUGCGCCGCGUCCCUGAGAAGGAGAGCAAGGUCGAUAGCAGCAGCCUCGGCGCGCCCGGUAGGGGCCUGCCCCUGCCCAACCAUGAAGUUGAAGACUCUGACUCCGACUCUGAGGACGACGAGCGCCUCCGCCGCGCUGCUGCCUGCAACUAUGGCCACAACUAUGACGACGACAACGAAGAGGAAGAGGAGGAGCAGGCUGCUGCGACACAAGAGGAAGAUGGCCACCCUGAAGAUGACCAUGCGGCUGCUGACGAGCUGGAGGCGCUCACCAACGAGAUGGACGAGGAGUCACAGAUCGUCCGGGAGGUCCUCCGCAUCAAGGAGCUUCUCUUGCACAAGCAAGACCACUCGGAUUCUACUCUGUUUGAAUCGCUGAGAAGGCUGCAAUUGAUGCAAUUGUCCGUCUCCACGCUGCAGGCUACUGAGAUUGGGAGGGCUGUUAAUGGUCUUCGGAAGCACAACUCGCAGCAGAUUCGUCACCUUGUGCAGACACUCAUCCAAGACUGGAAAAUUUUGGUUGAUGAGUGGGUCAUGACUACUGUCGCCCUUACAGACAACUCCCCGUUAACUUCAAACCCUUCUGUUGUGGAUGAUGAGGAUGAAGAACAAGGCCUUCCUUCUCCACCUUUGGAUGAAGGAGCAUUCUUUGCUCCUGAGACUACUGCUAUUCAACUCUCUGAGUUCUUUGAUGAAAUGGAUGAAGAUGGAAACUUGAGACAUAACAAUGAUGCACGCCCUGGAAACAAGAGGGAAAAUAAUGGCAGGAGGCCUGCAAACAUUUCAGCUGUUGCAAAACCAGAACUUACUCGUCCUGUUGGAACUGCUGAAAGAGUUCAGGUCAGGAAGCCAGAAUUGACAAGGCAAUCGCCGUCAAUGAGGCAAGCAAACCAGCAAAAAUCUCAAAGUUCAAGUUUGCAAGCCAAACCCCAUGGCAUGCUCAACAAGCAAUCGAGGCCUCCAGGCUCUGAAUCUGGAUCUGUAAGACCAAUAAGGGCAGCUCCUCAGCAGAAGCCUGUCGGUGAGAUGAAAUACAAACAGACUCAAGAUCACUUUGCUGUCGAAAGAAAACCUGCAAUGGGUCGUGUGGAUAAAUCAAGACCCCCUGUACAAUCUUCAGCUGGGGUCAGGCUUGAGUCGGCAAAGCCGAAGACCUAUGAUGGUUUGGAAAGCAACGGAAGGCUAGAGGUAGCGAAACGUAAACUCCAGGAACGCUACCAGGAAGCUGAAAAUGCAAAAAAGCAGCGCACGAUACAAGUAAUGGAGCUGGGUGACAUACCAAAGCCUAAGAAUCAUAACCGGCAACCUAUUAUGAAGUCAAGGAAUAACAUUAGAAGUCGGGCAAAUGGUCGGCGCUAAUUCUUCUGUGACUUGUUUUUCUUCACCUGAUGAAUUGUUGCCGUUCCCUUGGUCCAAAGGAAACAACUGAACUUAGUUGUCAGGACCAAAACCGUAUUUUUGAACAUAGACACCUCUGAUGGAGAGUUCUCCUUGAAGUUGCAAGAGUUGCGCUGGAUGCAAUAUACUUUUGCGUUCGGUGAGUCUUUAAGUCAUGUUUGGAUAAUUGCUCUUGCAUUGGGAGUUUGGAGAGUUUAGUCAUGUCUGGAUAACUAGAGAUUAGACAUGUAGUCCGUCCUGUAUCGGCUGUGGCUAUUUUUCUUCCUCUUUACUUCAAAGGAAGCUGUAGAUCCCAGAUAGAAUAAUCGUCAAUAUUUGGUACAUUCCAUCUCAGCCUCAACUUUACAUGGAAACUGAUUUAGCGGAACA